CAGGGGCGUGACGUAGCGGCGACUUUCCUGAAGACCAUUGCGGAAAAAUAAGGCGCGUUUGUGAAUGACAGGCGGCCAUUAUGUUCGCAAUGGAACAGUGUCAAACCGAAAGAGCCCCGGGUGACUUUUGACAGGGUUCAAACGAUGAGAUGAGACAGUAACAAUAAAAACACCGAGAUAUAACAGACAUUUAACGGCAAACAGUUGCUUGUAUUCAGAGUGAUUUGUAACAGGGAAAAUGUCAAAUAUCUGUCGCAGUGCUCGUAACUGCUGAUCUGCAUCAACUUUGUUCCCUUUUCCUAAUGGCGCGGGCUGAUGUUUUGGAAAGGGAAGCUGACUCCAGAUCAGCCUUCAGCACCGCGGACAGCGACAGUUCUGCGCGCUCACGCAUGCACACAGCCUUCCUGUGUACGAGCAUGCCAUCUAAACGGUCAAAAUAUGUGCUUUAUUAUGUUUGUGCGCGUUCAUGUCGCCAGUACGAGUGCGCGUUACAUAAACACUGCAUGUAUGCAAACGAUGAUCACACGGUAACGGCGUGACUGAGAUUAACAUCUCUGCUGAAUCGUGGAGUUCACCUCAUUUUAUCGUGUGUUAUGUAACGCUUCAUUUCUCCAGAGCGGCUAAUGAUCCGUGGACUGCAGCUGCAUCUGCGACCAUGCUUUCAAAUAUGAGUCAUAAAGUUGCUUUGGCGCCCUUUGAUAACAGCCUUCAGCACCCGUGGAGAUUUCAUUUAUUAGAUGGGCGCUGAAUCGUCGAGGCGUGGGAGAGCUCCGGGGCAGCCCGUUCCCGGUACCGGCAGCUGUCAAACGCGAGGCAUUCCCGCCAAAAAUAAACGGCCGCCCCCGCCAGAGCUGCAGAAGCGCGGGCACGAGCUCAGCUGGAGGUGUCGGAUUUCACAGCGCAGGAGCGGGAAGCCCUUGAUGACAAAAGCUUUUGGAAGGCUGGUCUGCAUAAGCGCUGUCAAUCAGCUCAAAGUAGGCGGGGCUUACUCUUCACAGAAGAUGAGUGCGAAGAUGUAUAGCUAAACAUUUAAUAUUCGACAACUGUUUCAGUAUAGAAAUUUUCAACGACUGACUAUAAUAUCUAGUGAUGCAAACAUUUUGCUGUUCUUACAUAUUGGACAUACGAAUAAAAGUGAAUGUGUGCAUGUUUUAAAUUAAAAUAUUAUUUGCAAAUAGUUUAAAUUGAUUACUUAAUAACUACAAUCCUUCUCAAGUCUCUGUCUUGUUUUUCAUAUUUAUAAUCAAUAUAGUUCAUGAGCAAAAGUGCUGUUUUCCCGAAUAUCAGCACGUUUGCAAAUGUGAAAUUGAUUUUAUACAACAAUUCAAUAAACAAUAAGUUAAUAGGCUAUUAGGUGGCUUACAUUUUACACACAAUAUUGUCUGUUUUUCGAAACGAAAAUAGUACCAAACAGUAGAGCUGUCGCGUGUCUUAUUUUCAUUACUGAACGAAUCAGUCAUUAUGAAUGAAUCGCUCUAAUGAAUGACACGACGACUCACUCUGCUUCGUCCCUGAAUGAAUCAGCUGUUUUGAAUAAAUCGUUUGACUGAAUGAUUCAAUGACUAACUUGUUAAGACAGUGAUUUACUGGUGGUUUUAGCUGAAACUAGCUGAAGGAUGAAGUUUGAAUGCUGUUUUUUGUGUUUCUGCUUUUGAAUUGUUGUUUGAAUGAAUCUGACUUUAUAUAAAGAGCUGGGCGAUAAUAUAGUUGCAUUUCAGGACAAAAAAAAUCAGCAGUUGAGAUUUGCUCUAGUGGUUUUAAAGGUUGAUUUGUGCAGCUGUGUUGUAUGAGAGCUGCUCUGAGACCCUGAGAAGCGAUUCAGACGUUUUCUCCCAGUGUUUGCAGAGGUCAGCUGAGAAACACUGAACCGUCAUGCGGAGCGUUUCAGACGAGCUCGAUGAUGAAGCCGGAGGGAGUGCUGACUGACCCUGGAUCAGUGCCGCUGUUCUUCUGUGUGUUGUGUAAGAUGGAGAGAAGAGACUCGAGCUUCACUCCUCCCACACAGGAGCAUCACACACCGUUCUUUCACAGACUGAAGGACGAACGGUAAAGUAAACAUUUGUUGUUUAUACUGACGCCAGACCUUGGAUCUCUCAAGGCCUUCAUCAGUGUUUAAUACAUUCGAACCAGACGGAGAGAGAGUUAACUGGAGUCAUGCCUCAGGGUUUCUGUGACCUCCAACCCCAAACCAAGGUUGUGCCGUCGAGCCGCCCUCCAUCAGAGCUCUUAUAUGAGCCGGCGUUGAUCCUCGGCUCUUCGUGUUCGUCAUGUGUUCAGUGACUCUGUGCUGCUGUGCUGCUGCGCUGCUGCUGGUGCUGGUGAAAUGCAUGCUGGGACAGCUGCGCUCUUCUCAAGGCGGCGUGUCGUUGCCGUGUCUGCCGCGAGUGCCGGUUCUGGGGAGUCUGCUGCACCUGCGCUCGGCUCUGCCGCCCCACCUGCUCCUCACACAGCUGGCGGGCAGAUACGGCCCUCUGUUCGGCAUGUACGCCGGCCCUCACUUCACACUGGUGGUCAGCGAGGCCGGACUGGUGCGAGAGGUGCUGCUGCAGCGCGGGAGAGAGUUCGCCGGACGGCCCAAGAUGGUGACCACUGACCUGUUGACUCAGGGUGGGAAGGAUAUCGCGUUUGCCGACUACAGUCCGCUGUGGAAGAACCAUCGGCGGCUGGUUCACUCCUCGUUCACGCUGUUCGGCGAGGGAUCCAGUAAACUACAGACCAUCGUAUAUGUGUGUGUGUGUGUGUGUGUGUUAGUUCUAGAGGCCGCAGACAGUCUGUGUGAGGAGCUCCAGUCCUGCGGGGGUCAGAGUUCAGAUCUGAGUCCGGUUCUGAUGCGGGCCGUCACUAACGUCAUCUGCAGACUGGUGUUCAGUUCCUCGUACCAGCCGAACGACCCUGAACUCCUGAAGGUCAUGGACUACAACGUCGGCAUCGUCCAGACCAUCGCCAGAGGAGGACUCGUCGACGUCUUUCCCUGGCUACGAAUUUUCCCCAACAAGGACCUGAAGAAGCUGAAGGAAUGUGUUUCUGUGAGAGACCAACUGCUGCGCAAGAAACUGCUGGAGCACAAGAUGACCCUCACUCCUGGAGAGCCUCGAGACCUGCUGGACGCUCUUCUGAUUGGUCAGAUGAAAGGGUCAGGUGGGGAGGAUGACAUCACAGAGGAUCACGUGCUCAUGACGGCAGCGGAGGCGUUUGGAGCCGGAGUGGAGACGACGUCCACCACACUACUGUGGACUAUAGCGUUCCUUCUGCACCACCCGCAGGUGCAGGAUCGUGUCCAGGCUGAGCUGGACGAAUGUCUGGGACGGGACCGUCCGCCGUCUCUGAGUGACCGGUCCCGUCUGCCGUUCCUGGACGCCGUUCUUUGUGAAGUGAUGCGCAUCCGUCCCGUCAGCCCAAUCCUCAUCCCCCACGUUGCUAUGCAGGACACAAGUUUGGGGGGUCACAUGGUUCCUAAAGGAACCAGGGUGUUGGUGAACAUGUGGGCGAUCCAUCAUGACCCCAAACACUGGGACGAACCUGACAGAUUUAGACCAGAACGAUUCCUCGACUCCUCAGGGAAAAGAGCGACUCCCGCCAGUUUUCUUCCGUUCGGCGCCGGUCCUCGCGUGUGUGUGGGUGAAUCUCUGGCCAGAAUCGAGCUCUUUCUGUUCGUCAGUCGCCUCCUGCAGUGCUUUGACUUCAGCGUGCCAUCAGGGGCUUCAUUACCGGACCUGCAGGGCCGUUUCGGUGUAGUGCUUCAACCUCAGGGCUACACUGUGAGAGUCACACCGCGACGCUGACCUCAUGCUGUAUAUCACUGCACUUUCCUCUGUUAGACACCAGGUGCCGGCACUGAGGCAUUCAUCAUUUAAUCCACCCUGCACAUGAACUGUUUGCACCUGGUUCACUUUAUUAAUCACCACUCUUGAUUUAACGGGUGUAUGUGGUUAUAUUUGGAAUGGAAUAUCUUUCGGCAUUAUCCUGAACAUUUAUUUCAUGUGUUAUAGACCCUUUUCAUAUUUCCAUGUUUCUCAGAAGCGGAAGUCGUCAUAGUUGGGUAAAGCGGUGAAUGAGAGACUUCAUUAAAUAUAUAUUUCUGUUUCCUUUUGCACAAAUAGCAAAAGAAAAACUACAUAAUAGUGUUUUCACAACUUUCAAAAAGAUGGAAAAAAACAGAGAGCGAUUGAUAACAGCAGUCAAGAGAGAAAGAUGUCACUUUUACCGUUACUCCCAUAGCGGCUGUAGAAACACCCUCACGGCAAUGGUUAUAUAAUACUAAUAAAUGUAUAUACGUUUAAAAUUAAAAACUUUGCAGGAUUUACAAUAUUUAUGACCGUUAAAACGCGUCAUCACAGUCUGUGAAAAGGAUCUAUUGAACGGAAGGGAGGUUCUCGGGAGCGCGUGUAACCGUCACAUCGUUUUGAUUUUCCCGGCAAAAACGUCCCGAGUUCUUCACAAAAAAAUCAGUCUACAGGCUUUCAUAUACAAUAUAGGAAGUCGUGGAAGGUCUCGUUUUUUAAGUUUAGUUAAAAGCUGUUCACACACUGGCUAUAAAAAAGCCAUUAAUGCAUGAAAAUUCGUAUAUAUAUAGCCGAUUUAAUACAGAAAAGUUUUAGAAUUUUUAUCACAUGAACAUUGUAAAUAUCCUUCAUAGAUUUCUAACCUACUGAAUUUAUUUUUAUUUGCAUUUAUAUGUUUAAUUACCUACCUGUAAGAGUAAAUAGGCUCUCAGCUUGCACAGAUGAAGGAGUUUCAAGGUUACAGGAUGAACUGUUGUAGGAGUUUCUCUACACUCCUAUGUUAUUUGCUAUAGUAAGGCUAGAAAACAUCUGCUGUUUUUCAAAAGUUGUUAUUCUCACUAUAUGUAUUUUACUUAUGAGGUAUCAUAUGGGAUGAUAAUUCUUUGUUUGUGAAUAAAGCAUCGCUCGAAGCAAUAAACUUUGAAGAAGCUUGACUAUAGAAAUUUGC